CAACUUUUCUUUAUGUAUUUUGAUGCACCAGUACAUAGUAUGCACAGUUACAUCCCAAUUUGGCACAGUGCAUUAUUUCUGACAGUUUUAUCACAUCAAAACAGAAAAAAGCUAUAUCACUGAUCUUACAGUGUGCUUCGCUGGGUGAGCUUCCUGGUUGAAGCUUGCUCUGUCCCCCACUAUGAUGUCACACCAAUGAAGUGAUGUGACUUUGAUCAUGUGGUUUCACUGCAAAGGUUUAGUAACAAUAGUUUUGACUUUCUCUUGUCAGACCAAUAAAUAAACGCGUCAGGAUUAAGCUGUCCCAGUUUAUAUGAUUUCCCACUCUUUCUGAAUUGACCCUAUGUAACAACGUUCCAGAAAUAAACUAUUGGGAGUUUAACUAAAUUAACUAAAUUAAGUUAAUGUAUCCCUAGAAGGGGAAAUGCUACCAGCAUAAUCCAGGCAUUGACAUAAUGUUUUAUAUUAGGCUACUGACCGAGUACUGUGGAAAGAAAGAACUGUUUGUUCUGUCUAAACGCCUUCCCAACUUGAGCUCUCGUUUCCAAGCACGAGCACCUAUACACUGCGCUUCAGCAAACCUGCCUGCCUCAUCCAAACAAUGGAUGGGGGUAGUUUUAUCACCACUACAGAAAACACUCGAUUACACAACUGCUGUUGCGAUUUAUCUACCUUUUUAUAGGUAGGCCUACACGUGGGGGAAUUAUAUGUACUUUAAUCGCGGGACAAGCGCGCCAGAGCGGUGCGUCAAUUGCGAUGGAACACUACUAUCGAGUUGCAGUGCGUGAUUGACAGCGGCAGCUGAAUGCAGAAUCUUCUCAUGGGACCUGGGCGGCUAUGGUGGUGCGCCUGCCUGAUCUGGACCGGGGCAAUGUGAAGAGCUCACAUACUUUUAGAAAUUAGAUGACAGCACAACUCUCUUCCUCCGGCAGCUGCUGUCAUUCGGAAGAGAACUGUCACGGGCAGUCGCCUUCGGUUAGAAGACGCACAUGAGAAGAGGAAAUUAGCCUAUAGAUUUCAUCAAGAGGUUGCUAAUCUGCUUAAUCAUUGGCAAGUGGUCCCGCGGAGAAUAGUAGGCUAUGGGAGCACUAUGUUGUCCCGAAAAGGACUGAUCCCGGACGACUACUUGCUGACCCGCUUGGCUGAGGAUGUCCAGCACCCUAUAUUCAAGGCGAAAGCGCGGAAGGCUCGGUUCGUUGCCAAAAACGGAACCUGUAAUGUGGCCCACACGAACAUUCGCGAACAAGGACGGUUCCUACUGGAUGUUUUCACCACUUUAGUGGAUCUAAAAUGGCUUCACACACUUAUAAUUUUCACCAUGUCGUUUCUGUGCAGCUGGCUGCUGUUUGCGAUGGUGUGGUGGCUCAUUGCCUUUGCGCACGGCGACCUGGAACAAAAAGGUGACGACUUUGUCCCUUGCGUAACGGACAUCCACUCCUUCUCCUCUGCUUUCCUUUUCUCCAUAGAGGUGCAGGUGACCAUUGGGUUCGGUGGACGUAUGGUCACAGAGGAAUGCUUGUCUGCCAUAGUGGUCCUUAUCAUUCAGAACAUCGUGGGCUUGUUGAUUAACGCCAUCAUGCUGGGGUGUAUCUUUAUGAAGACGGCACAGGCGAAUCGGCGCGCCGAGACGCUGAUCUUCAGCAAGCAUGCUGUCAUUUCCAUCCGAAAUAACAAGCUUUGCUUCAUGAUUCGUUUAGGGGACCUGAGGAAGAGCAUGAUCAUCAGCGCCACCGUGCGGAUGCAAGUGGUAAGGCGCAGCACCACUCCGGAGGGCGAGGUGGUCCCCCUGGACCAGAUAGACAUUCACAUGGACAACCCCGUAGGGACCAACGGUAUUUUCCUGGUGGCCCCCCUUAUCAUAUGUCACAUUAUCAACAAAGACAGCCCGCUCUAUGAGCUGUCCCCAGCGGAGUUACAAAAUAAUGACAUCGAGGUGAUAGUGGUGCUGGAGGGGGUGGUGGAGACCACGGGGAUAACCACCCAGGCCCGGACAUCCUACCUGUCCGAGGAGAUACUGUGGGGGCAGCGCUUUGUGCCCACUAUAUCCGAGGAAGAGGGCACGUACGCGGUAGACUACUCCAAAUUCGGUAACACGGUUAGAGUACCGACACCCAGCUGCAGUGCCAAGAAGCUGGAUGAGGACGGAGGCAUCGCCAGGUUUAAACUGCACGAGCACGCCACCCUGCGGCCGUCCGCGAGAAUGCGCGUAAAGCAUCAAAGCACAAUCAGCCCACUAGCCUAAAUAGCCUACUUUUAUAAAGCAGUGGAUAGUGCCAAUGCAUUUUGUAUAUGAAAAGAUUAUUUUUUAUUACCAAUAACAUUUUAAUGUAUCUUUUCGUAAUAUUACAUAAAUGCUUUGUUUAUUAUGUCCAAUAAUGUUCUUAUUCUGGUCAAUGGGACCCACAAGGUGUGCAUGCGUGUUCUAGCCCAGUACACACUUUUUUUUAUUUCACCUUUAUUUAACCAGGUAAGCCAGUUGAGGAAAAAGUUCUCAUUUACAACUGCGACCUGGCCAAGAUAAAGCAACUACACCUACUUCAACCAAGGACUAUAUGAUUAGAUGAAUCCAGUGUGUUAGUGCUGGGCUAGAACAAAAUCCCGCACACCCUGUGGGUAUUAAGCCAGGACCAGGAUCAAGUAUUGUAGCCUAAUAGCCAUGUGUCCCUAUAGACUGCAAUGUCAAUGUACUAUUACCUGAAGCGUUAGGUGAUUUUAGGGGCCUGAACGUCUUGCCGUUCUAUCAAUCCCAGAAUAUGCACGUAUCAAAUACCUUCUUACUCAGGGUGCUCAAUGAAAACAUAUGCAUGAUGGAAUGCAGUUUGAUAGAUUUAUAACAUUAUACAAAGUUAUGCAAUUAUCCAGUUUGAAGGCAGAGGCCAGCGUGUGUGUAGUAGACUGGUGCCCAACACACUCCUCCUGGAGAACUAGCCUCCUGCAGGCUUUCCAUCUGACCCUGCAUGAAAACCAUAACAGUCACUGUGGCCCUCAUGGACUUGACCAGUACUGAUCUACAUAAUGAUGCUCUUGUAUGGUAAAAAUGACUAUGGUCUUUGAUAGUUGUAUGCAAAGCUUGACUUGGAAAUAAAAAAGGAAUACCUGUUGAAAAGCACUUGACAUGUACUGUACAGUAUGUGUGCGCAUGGAUGAUAUGCAGAAGAGAACUUCCUUGAAAGUAACCCGUUUUCCUCGUCAAGUUACUAUGCAUGCCACACAUCUACUUAAUCCUCAUCAUCAUCAUCAUCAUCAUGUUGACAGAAGACAACAUGAGACAGAGCGGCAUUUAUGUAUUUUAUUCGAUUAUAAUCCGCAGAGUUUAAAAUAUUAAAUUGCUUUUAACUUAGUUAAUAAUUAAAAUACAUAAAAAUGAAAGCCAGAACUGAAGAACCCUGCACAUUUUUUAAAUUAUAAAUAGAAGUAGAACUAUAAACCCUAAUCCUCCUCCUUGAUAGAGGCUGUCUGACGGAUUCCGCUCUCCACUCUGUACAGUCAAGUUGAAGCAGACUGUGCAUUUUUCUAUACAUGUGUAAGGAUGCCAUUAUUUUUCAUGAACUAGUUUCGUCUUUGAUAAUUUAAAAAAGUACAUUUUAAAGGGAAAAUAAAAACCAAACGUUAAGGGGCUGGGCUGGGGGGGGGGUAUCGUCAA